GUUUAAACCCGCCCUGAAGUAUUUCACAGCCCUGGUCCCUCAUCAACCUCCACCUCCACCCCCACCACACAAAGCAUCAUCCCUCCAAGAUGCAUCACCCCAUCCUCCUCCUCCUCCCUUCCCUCCUACUCUUCACCUCCACCACCACCUCCGUAUCCUUCGUCCAUGCAUCCACACCUAUCCAACAACGGAGCCUUCGUCCGUCAUCCCUCUCCGACCUCGAGGUCAUCACCUCCUGGGAACCCUCAGAUCCCAACCGCUUCAAUCCCUACAACGGCUCCCUCCUCUCCCCCUUCAUGAUCCCGCGUGUCUCUGGAACUGCAAACAAUACCCGGGUUCAAGACUUUAUCCUCGAUUACUUCUCAAAACUCAACACCACCAGUCUCACUGGAGGUGACACACCCGAUAGCCAACACAACAAUCCGAUCAAACCACGGACAAAUGAUCCCAAGGCAAAGACGAAGAAGCAUCAAAAGGACCAGGAACGUAUCUCUCGGUUAUUCAGACGUGCGCCCGGGACGCCCGGUACAGGGUGGCACGUCGAGAUCGAUCGGUUUACAGAGACCACGCCCUUCGGACCCAAGACCUUCACGAACCUAGUCUUCACCAAGAACCCCCAGGCCGAGAACCGCUUAGUGUUCGCGGCCCAUUUCGAUUCAAAGUACUUCCCUCCAACGGAUAAGCCAGAGGCGCAAUGGAACGGUGGAGAUGAUACCCUGCCGUUCGUGGCUGCAACGGAUUCGGCAGCCCCGUGUGCGAUCUUGUUGGAUCUGGCCGCAAGUUUGGACAGUGCCUUGGACCAUCCAGGAAGGACCGACAAGGAGACCACGUUGCAGUUGAUAUUUUUCGAUGGCGAAGAAGCCUUCAAGAUAUGGAGCGCCACAGAUUCACUAUAUGGAUCCAGGCAUCUUGCUGAGCAAUGGGCACAAAGGGUUGUCCCGCGUACCAGGACUGCCACCGGAAGAAGCGGCGGCUCUUCAUCCAACAAUCUGGACGGGAUUGAGCUCUUUGUCCUCCUCGACCUCCUAGGCGUCGAGAGUCCUACUGUACCCAAUUAUUUCAGCGCCACGCACUGGGCACAUCGUCACACCAUGUCAAUCGAGCAACGACUGUGGGAAGCCAAGCUACAUGGAGGUCAGGUUCUGGCGAGGAAGAAAGAAAAACUUCAGGAAGGAGCAGGAGAGGACGAGGAUGAUAUGGACGAUUUGGGCGCAGAAGAGCCGGUGCAGGGCUUCUUGACCGCCAAUCCACCCUAUGGAGGAAUCGAAGAUGAUCACCGGCCGUUCUUGCAAAGAGGCGUUCCCAUCUUUCAUGUCAUCCCUACACCCUUCCCAAGCGUGUGGCACAGGCUGGAGGAUAACGCGGACGUCAUCUCCCCUGAGGUCGUGGAGGGCUGGGCGAAUAUUUUCCGUGCGUUCGCUGUAGAAUACCUGCAGCUUUUGGAGCCCCAGGAACGUCGCCGGGAUGAGCUUUGACUAGAGGUGACCGGAGGCACCAUAUAGUUCGCGGUGCUUCAAAGUCGAUACUAUAACCCAUACAGAAUACGCCCAUAGACAACAAACAUAAAAGCAUUCGUGAUUAUCAAUAGU